UGUUGUGAGUAUGGUAUGCUUUAUGGUAACUGUGUGCAAGAGGAUACACUCCGUUUUAUCUUAUUUUUCUUGCACAUUCUCGGUUUUUUUAGGCAGAUAGAACAAUGGCGUCUACAUCCACUUCCCAAGAUGUUUCUCAAGAGGUACUUUUAAAGCGUAUCAUAAAAGCUGAGGAAUACAAAGCCGCAGGAAACGAAUUAUACAAAUCCAAAGACAUACGAGGAGCGAUUGGGAAGUACCACAGGGCUAUGCUUUACAUCCGAGAUCUGGACUCCAAUCUACAGAAUAACAUCUUGCAAUACCUGACAAGCUUUGCUGGUCAAGAGAACCCGCCGGGACAAUUAAGUGGCUUGAAUCAACAGAUGAAACUUCCUCAGGAGUUUGGGAAGAGAAUAAAUGACGUCCAACAAGGAUGUCUCAAUAAUCUAGCUGCUUGCAUUCUCCUUAAAGAUGAACCAGAUUAUGAGAAAGUAGUGACAUACUGCGACAAAGUGUUGGUUAUCAACCCAAGGAAUGCCAAAGCACUCUACAGGAAAGGCUGCGCUCUCUACCAUCUUGGAGCUCAUGAAGCUGCGUAUCAAUCUUUGAUCAAAGCACAACAAAUCUCUAAAUCAGAUCCCAACAUUAGGAAGUACUUAGCAUUGGCUAAAGACAAGAUGAGCGAUGAAAAUAAUGCUCAACGCUUAAUGUAUCAAGGAAUGUUCAACAAGUCAUCCACAGAGAUAAAUAGUUGAUAUGGUUCAGAUAUGUAGUGAAUUAAACUAUGACUGGCUGUAGUUCAACAUGUCAUCAACACAUCAAACAUGAUAUGGUUCCGAUGUCCUGGAUACAAAGCAUGACUGACUGUACCAAGGAAUGUUCAACAAGUCAUCAACAGAGACAAACAGUUGAUGUAGUUCUGAUGUAGUGGAUGCAAUUGUAACAAACUGUAUGUAGCCUAUAAGAAAAGUUCAAUGAGUUACCACCCUGUCAAACAUUUGCUAUGGUUCUGAUGAUGUGGAUACAAAGUAUGACUGACUGUACAAAGAAAUGUUCAACAAGUUAUAGAGGCAUCCAACAGUUUAUAUGGUUCUGUUGAAUUUAGUGGAUUCAAUUAUAACUGACUUUGUGUACCAACGAAUGUUCAGCAAGUCAUCAACGUGUCAAACAGUAGGGUUCUGAUCUCAUGGAUACAAAGCAUGACUGUAUACAUGUAGGAAUGUUCUACAAGUUUUCAAUGCGUCAAACAGUUGAUAUGUUUCUGAUGUAGUGGCUUCAAUUAUAACUGACUGUAUGUACAUGUACUAGGAAACUUCACCAAGUUAUCAACGUGCCCAACAACUGAACCAGCCCCUCUUCAGCCAAAGCCCCCACUCUCUACCCCUACACCACGGUCUGGAAAACCAUUAGGUUGGCUGCUCCAACACAAUGCACCGGCAACCCCCUUACACCAGUGAUUAGGAGAACGACGUUGGUUUGCAUCAUGACUGAUACCAACAAUUUUUUGACUGAAAACUGGUUUUCACUGAAGCUUAAAUGGAACAACAACCCAAUGUCAUGUAAAUGAAUGUUCAACUCAACAUUACAUACACCUCUCUUCAUAUUUAUGCAUGAGGUGCGUCACCCAAAACGAGGCGAUGGGCGCAGCCACUGCAAGUUAUGGGGACGG